GGAAGGGGCCGCCGCGCCACGUGGGAGAAGCGGAGGGUGAGCGGGGUCGGCAGCCGGGGCGUACGGGCACAACCGGGGGGUGCGGGGCCCCCCGAUCCCGCCUGAGCGCGGCAGCCGGCGGCACGGAGCGGCAGCCGGGGCUUCGCAGCCUCUGCGCGUCUUGAAACGCGAAGGCCGGAGCACGAGUUUUACCGGAAUAAGCGGCUACCGCAGUCCCGCUGCAUAGAGCUGCGCUACGUGAGAGAUGCGGUCACUUAAGCAAUUCACCUGAUUCACUGGCAAAACACCCGAUAUUCUACCUGCAAAGCACUCUCUCCCACAGCGAUAACUACAUAAAAACAUUCUCUACAAAAAGAAAGCAGAAAAAAAGAUUUUUUUUUUUCUAUCAGUAUUGCUCUUAGAUGAUUAUUUCUGCUGUAAUAAAUUAAGCUGGCUUUUUAAACCGUUAUUCCUGAAAAUGUCUUUUCGAUUUAAUUUUUUUAUUGAUGAAAAUGAGAACAAUGAACCAGAAACUCCUGAUAAGACAGACUUGCAGCUGGGCUCCCCAAAACACAAGCAGGAGUCCACAGGAAAGAGCGAGCAAACUGCUGAUGCUGUAUCAGACUCCAGCCCAAGGCCGGGUGCUGCUAAGCACCAAGAUGAGACACCAUCAGAGAGAAAGUCCUGCUUUAAAGCUGCCAAGGAGCAUGACGUACCUGAUGAUCUCAACAAAGUCCUGGAAAAUAAAGUCAUAGAAACAGAAUCAGACCUGUACUACAUAAAAAUGUCUGUAGUGGAAAUGAUGUGUUUGGGUGGUGGCGAUGAGGAAGGCAUCAUCUCCAAAAGUGUUUCUUCUCACUCCGAUCUCAUCCCAGGAGUCUACGAGGGAGGACUGAAAAUCUGGGAAUGCACCUUUGAUCUCAUCGACUACCUUUCUGAAGCUGAAAUACAGUUUACCAACAAGACUGUGUUGGAUCUUGGCUGUGGGGCUGGACUGGUGGGAAUAGUUGCUUUAAGGGGUAAAGCUGGAAAAGUCCAUUUUCAGGACUACAACAGCACGGUGAUUGACAAAAUAACCUUGCCUAAUGUGGUGGCUAACUCUAUAUACAAAGGCAGUAGAGAUGACAGAAAAGUUAGCCAGCCUCCUUUGAAGAGGCCCAAGAAAGCAGAGUGCCUACCCGAUGUGCUUGCCAAAUGCAGAUUUUUUUCUGGAGAGUGGUCUGAGGUCAGCCAGCUCCUGUUAAGCAGCAACAAACCCUUUUCAAAAUACGAUAUUAUUCUCACUUCUGAGACCAUCUAUAAUCCUGACUACUACAGUGCUUUGCAUGACACACUGGCUCAGCUCUUGGAUAAAAAUGGCCGUGUGUAUUUGGCAAGCAAAGCACAUUAUUUUGGGGUUGGCGGUGGUAUCUACCUCUUUGAGAAGUUCACUGAAGAGAGAAAGGUGUUUAGGACCAGCAUAGUUAAAAAAAUUGAUAAAGGACUGCAGCGAUGUAUUAUGGAAAUGGCCUUUAAAGAUUCCAGUUAAAACUCAACCACUGGUCCAUCAAAAAUAUCUUAAAGAUUAAAUGUUACAGUCAUCUUAUCUCUGCUUUUUUUUUCCUAGUUAUUGUGGUUUGAUAAAUGAAGGAUGCUUGUUACUGAAAUGUUUGACAAAUUGUGAUGUCUGACUAGAAGCGAAGGACUCUUCUGAUUCUGGUUUUGCAUAGAAAAUUUGAGUUUUGCUUAA